GAUUUUAAAUUCUUUAGUCUUAUUGGAUAAAGAAAGCACUAUAUAUAUAUAAAUAGCUUUAACCUAUGCCAUCAAAGAUUCAAAGCAAUCCCCUUUUACGACCACAACAUCUCAAUACACCCUUCAUAUAUAGACUAUAGUUUAUUCCAUCAUUGCUUUUUACUAUAGCUAUAAUGAGGUUGCCACAAAAGCUCUUCUUCACCUUCUUCCUUUCCUCCUCCAUUUUUCUUCUCAUAGGAAUCAAGGUGGCAGAAAGCUCCUCAGUGAACCACCACCAUCAUCAUCAUCAUAAUCAUAAUGAUGAUCAUGACACAAAGAAGCUGUUUGUAUUUGGAGAUUCAUAUGCUGAUACAGGGAAUAACAGAAUUUCAAUUGGUCAAUCAUGGAAAGAACCAUAUGGUAUCACCUUUCCCGGGAAACCUUCUGGCCGUUUCUCUGAUGGUCGUGUCUUCACUGAUUUCCUAGCUAAAUAUUUGGGUUUAAAAUCCCCAGUACCUUACAAGUUCAGAAAGUACAAACCCAACAAUUUGAAGUAUGGGAUGAACUUUGCAUUUGGAGGGACCGGAGUAUUUGAUACACUCGCACCGUACCCAAACAUGACAACCCAAAUCGAUUUCUUUGAACGCCUUCACAAAGACUCCUUAUUUACACAUUCUGAUCUACAAAAUUCUAUUGCUCAUGUUAGUCUUGUUGGCAAUGACUACUCAGCUUACCUUUCUCGAGGUGGUACCAUUCAGGGAUUUCAAACAUUCAUUCCCCAAGUUGUUAAUCAACUAGUUGUGGAUAUUCAACGUAUUUACAACUUAGGAGUGAAGAAAAUCUCAGUGACAGCAUUACAGCCUUUGGGAUGUCUACCUCGAAACCUAGUAAAUGAUCAAUGCAAUGACACAUUCAACCAAGCCGUUGUCUUCCAUAAUCUCUUAUUGCAACAAGCAAUUACCAGGUUGAACAAUCAAACUACCAAUGAUCAUGGCUCUCCGAUCGUCAUUAUUGAUUUAUACACUGCUUUUUUCUCUAUCUUUCAAGGAAGAGAAAAUAAUCAAGGAAAUAAUUCGAAAUUUGACAACACAAUGAAGUCAUGUUGCACUGGCAUAAGUGAAAAUUAUACCUGUGGAAGUGUAGAUGAAAAGGGUAAUAAGAUGUACAAGGUAUGCCAAAACCCAGAGUCUUUCUUCUUUUGGGAUGAAGUACACCCUACACAAGCAGGUUGGGAAGCUCUAAGCUUAGCUUUACAAGCUAAUCUUGAAGAACUACAACAUUAAUUAGCUAAGGCUUUCUUUUUUCUAAGAAAAAUGGUCAAUAAUUUUUAGAGUAAUAAAAAUUGUACAAGUGAUUGUACAUAAGUUUUCAUUAGUGUUUAUAAUUGUGCUUUUCAUCGAUGUAAGAUGUGUGAAUGAGAUCGAUUCUUUGUUUGUUCCUUUA